UUUGAAAGGAACGCAACAGCGACAGAUUUAGGGUUCGAAAUGGGAGCGAAGGCGAGUGGCCUUUGGCCAGAUGCCGAUGGGGCGGUAGGGAGAGAAGCAGGGGGCCAUUCAGCGAUUACGACAAGUGGUAUAUAAACGAUCGCGUGGUCGUGUUAGCGUUAGAGAAGCUUGCCAUUGUUUGCCAAUCUCGAGCGUUGCGCGAGAAAAAAAUCUGCGACUAUUAACGACAACGCAGCAACCGGAAGCCCUUCGGCAGUAUGGAGGGAGACUAAGAGGAGAGAGAACCCCUUACAGUGGAACGAAGUUUCGCGAGUCGAACGAACAUUCGAGGGACAGGAGAGAUUUCUCGCUUUGGCCAGCAGGAUGAUUCUGCGGACUGUCCGGCCGAUGUUGAUGGUGAUCACGGCGAUGCUUCUCGAAACGAGCAGCAAGCCGCGAUUGGAAUUGUCUCGCAGCUGCGGGCACUCGGUGCCGAGUCUCGAGCGAUCGGCGACGACCUCGACGAACGGUAGCAGUAGCGUCGCGACGAUGACGAUCCUCGAGGAGCUCGAGAGUCGUUUGUCUCGCCUGGAGAGAAGACUCAGGGCGGUCGAGCAGCCCGUUUGGCAGAUGAGCUCCGCCGAGGAGGAUUGGGAGAUCUGCGCGGAGGGGCCGUGCAGGUGUCAACCGGAGACGAAAUCGGUGUCCUGCUGGAGGCAGAAUCUGUUGGACCUCCCCGCGGCGCAGCUAGUUCCCCGAGAUGUGUUGAAACUGGAUCUGGCUGGCAAUCGGCUGACGGCGCUUCACAGGGACACCUUCUUGGACAUGACGCGUUUGAAUCACCUAGAUCUCAGCGACAACGCGAUCGAGCAUCUUCCGCUGAACCUGUUCUUCUCGCUGCACGCCGUCACGCGGAUCAGGCUGAGCAAGAAUUUGCUCGUGGAGUUGCAUCGAUCGCAAUUUCUCAGCACGCGAAAUCUUCGUAUUUUAGACGCGUCCUCCAACAGGUUGCGAACUCUGCCAGAGAGUCUCUUCUUGAGCACCACCUCGCUAGUCUUGCUCGACCUCUCUUGCAAUCGACUUUCGAGCUUCGCGUCGGAAACGUUUCGCGGAUUGUCUUCGUUGGAGGAGCUCCUGCUGGGAAAGAAUCGGCUCUCGAUCCUCCCAGUGGACCUGUUCAAGGACCUGACGAGCCUAAAGUACCUCGGCCUGGAGGAGAAUCGACUGAAAGAGCUACCCGACCAGCUGUUUCGCGCGCAAUCGUCGCUUCGCGAGUUGAACGCAAGGGGCAAUCAACUGACGGAGAUACCGGCGAGUUUGCUGUCGCCGCUCGAACGUCUACGAUCCCUCGAGUUGUCCAACAACAAGAUAGCCAGAGUAAAUAUCGCGUAUCGAUUCGUCGGCCUUGCAAGGCCUGGUGGCGUUGAAAGAACUUCAACUGGGGCACAAUCGUUUACGAAACUUAACGCCAGGACUAUUCACGAAUUCGACUGGUUUGGAGAGGCUGGUGUUGUACGCGAAUGGCAUUGAGAGCCUGUCACGUGGCGCGUUUCACGGUUUGUCGAAUCUGACCUCUCUUUUCCUCCACUCCAACCACCUGAGGAUUCUGCACCCAGAGCUGUUCGAAGAUACGCCGAAUCUGCGAAAAUUCUGGAGUCGAAUUAUCUGUCCUCGUUGCCGCCACGGAUUUUCGACGGUGUUCAAUUCAUGGAGCAGCUUCGCCUUGCUAGAAAUCCGUGGCACUGCGACUGCGCCGCUUCUUACCUGGCCAUGUGGCUGAAACGAAUGUACCUGGCGCAAGUGAACGCGACGAGGCCGGUCGAGGAUCCUGGUGUUUGGGAAUUUGGCGCCGGGGCAGUUUGCAGAGGCCCCGGCACCCUCGGUGGCAAACUGUUGCUGCAUUUGACGUUCCACGAGCUCUGCGAGGGCCAAUGGGCCUCGAUGAGGGGCUUGGUCCCACGGCUUCCGAUCGAUCUCAUCGGUGGUGUUGGCCGAAUCCUAUCUUCCACCGACGAUCCGUUCGCGCGAAACGAAUCCAACUUCUCUCGCUCUCUCGCCAAGCAACGAUAAAACGUCUGUUUUAAGGCAAGAACGACUCGAUUCGCCGUUAUCGGAUAGUAUAGUUGAACUUGCGUGAAAACGUGCGUGCAUCGAUUGUAUAUAGAGUAUAUACUCGCGAAAGUAUUCAGUAGAAAUAAAGUAGCUACGAUAUUGUCACGUUCAGAAAUAUUCGAUUUAAGAAAAAAAAAGAAGAGUCCAAGAAAUGUUUGUUGCAGCUUUUGUAAUUGUUUAAACUCGACGUUUAAACUCGAAUUGUUUAAACAGAUCUUCGUUUGUUAGUAAUGUUGCAUAUGGCAAGGGAAAAUGUUUAGGUUUAUUGCCUAGGCGCGAGAAAUGUUAGAUUAGGUCUUCCUGUGACUGAAAAUAUUAAAAAAAAAAAAAUAUUAUUUAUCGUGGAGAAUUUUUGCGAACACAUCACGCGUGUUAAAUAAAACUGUUCGAAAUUAACGUUGCAAUAAGACAGGAUUAUAAUAUGGUUAUAACAGUAUACUCGAAUGCAUUUGAAACCACUGAGUCUGAAAAUGUACAUAGAAGUUGUCAGUUGUUUACUGCAAAUAUACAAUUGGAAAAGUAUGAACACGUAGCGCAAGUAGUAUCUCAAGUUCACUGCAGUUAUCAAAUUUUUACUCCGAUCUUUUGCCCCCAUUUUCAAAAAAGAAAAGUUUUAUCUAACACUUAACGUCAACGUAUUUAUGAGAUGAGCGUAUUUCAGUAAACAUUCGAGUUAUAAAUAUGUACAGUCACUAUGAAAUUUCAUUGGCUAUAAUUAAUUAUAUUUAAACAAACCUGAGAACAUAGAAACGUAGAAAUUACAAGACUAGCAAAAUUAUAGGAAAUUAAGAAUAGUUCAAGUACAUAUUUCACGCAGAGAUCAAUGUUCGUUUCAUACUUUACUCAAUAUAAUCGUGUAACCAUUAUAUAGUCAUUGCAGCGUUAAUGGAACUUCAGAAUUAUUGAUAUAACGAUAUACUGAACGCUUGUGUUUAUUAAAACAAGCAAAAAAUCUUAAUAAAUCAAAAAUAAUUAGUUUCGUAGUUACGAGAGUUACGUUUUAAAGGAUAGUCCUCGUACGUCUCACAAAUAUACGUACACGUUGUGCCAAUACGAUUGAAUUUACAUUUCUUUCGAUUGGUUUCAAAUAUUAAAGCAACAGAGUCUGUUUAUGUCGUGUAUGUAAAAUUUUAAUAACUCCUAAAUUAAUGGUUCUUCUUUCUUUUUUUGCGUCCAUGUUUAUUAAGAUUUUUUGAGUGUUACGCAUAUCUGAACUUUGGCGCCAAUUUUUUUCAAACAUCCCACAAGCGUGCCAAACUUUUCUCCGAUAGAUGACAUUUUCACGAGUAUCUCUCACUGCGUUUCAACGAUUUAACGAUCUGUUUCAUCGUAUUCGUUCGACCAAGAAUUUCUUCGCAAGACUUCCGAUCGAUACUGUACACCGAACCUACCAUUUACGCGAGCGUUGUAACGCGCCGCUUGCAACGACUCGAGAUGUCGCGCCGCGCGUUCGACCGAAAGCAAAACGAUUGAGCAAACAGGCUAGAGGCCUGAACCAACGAGAAAGUCGUAACGAGAGAGCGUGGGGGAACGUUGUUGCCUCGAUACCGCCGUCCGAUCUAUCAGGGCACAGUUUACGACACAGAAUGGACGCACCAACAUCCGCGAAAGCUACGACCGAGCUGCUGAAACGACUGCUCGAGAUUCUCGAUGAAGAGGACGCGUUCGACCGUACCGGCGACAAGCCUGUCUUGGAGUUUGUUUAUCCGGAAGAGCUACAG